AUGCCGCCCCGCAGAGCCCAUACCAAGUCACGCAAUGGCUGUGACCGGUGCAAGGAGAGACGAGUUAAGUGCGAUGAACAAGGCCCACCAUGUGCGAACUGUAUUUCUCGGGAGCUACAGUGCACAUAUUUGAAGACCCCAAAGGCACGUAGCUUGGGCAGCGCUUCAUCGGAAAGCCACUCCCCUGUACAGCUUCCUGGCACACAUUCCGAAACGGCCAAUCACCAUCUGACUGUUGCCCAACUCUCGAGCCCUUCCAAGGGCUUUGAGCUUCGCGACCUGGAGCUAAUGCACAAGUUCUCCACGGAAACUUACCGGAGUCUUUGUAACGAUUCUUCGGAUUACCACGUUUGGCAAAUCAUGAUGCCCCGGAAAGCCCUGGAGUAUGAUUUCCUUUUGAGUGGAAUCCUGGCUCUAGCCGCACUGCACAUGGCUUCGGCAAUGGAGCCAGCUGCAGCAUUAUCGUACAUUGAUACAGCUCUCCAGUAUCAUAACCUGGCCUUUUCCCCAUUCCGAAAAGCUAUAGAUAACCUCACUCCAUUGAAUUGCGAUGCUGUCUUCGCCCAUUCGCUUAUCACCACAGUUAUCGGCAUAGCUCUUCCGCAACUGACUGCUGAGAGAGACGAGGGCUCGAGUAUGACUGAAAAUAUCAUCGUAGUCUUUGAACUUCUGCAGGGUGUGAGCAAAAUCUUGCGGAUCAGCCGGCCAUGGCUCAAAACGAGGUUCUUCCCAACCAGAAUUGACUUCUGGGACGAAGCUACUUUACAAGUGGACAGCGAGAGCGGGGCUGCUAUGGAUAGAUUGGCUGUCUUGAACGAUGAUAUAUUCGCCAAUGCUGAUACAGAGCAUCAUCGGAUUAAUAAAGAUGCCAUAUCCCUUCUUCGUCGUUGCUUUGGUCGGUUUUCAAGCCCCGCAGAUGCAGCAUCGGUUCUUGCAUGGCUUGCUGCUGUCGACAAAGUGUUCGUUUAUCGCAUGAGAUGCCGCGAGCCUUUUUCAUUAUUGAUUUUGAUGCACUGGGGUGUUCUUCUCGGUGAGCUUCACGGUCAAUUCUGGUGGGCCAAAAAUUCAGGCAAAGCGCUGGUCUCGGAGUUGCUGGUAGCACUUCAUCCUGGGGAUCCCCGAUGGGAUAGCUCAUGGCGAUGGCCACAGCAGAAAUUGGGGUUUUGA